AUGCGUUUCAGCUCGUUGUUGGUGGCUGUUGCCACUGCUGCUUCGGCGGUGCAGGCUUUUUGGCUUGGAGAUAUUCCUCAUCGAGGCAUUGCGCCGUUUGCUCAGCCAAACUAUCCAGUCUUCCGCAAUGUGAGGGACUAUGGCGCCAGGGGUGAUGGAAUAACUGACGAUACUGCUGCUAUCAAUGCUGCCAUCAAUGCUGGGAAUCCUUGCAACAGGGGAUGUGCAUCCACUACCACAACUCCUGCAAUUGUUUACUUCCCGGCAGGCACCUACCUCAUCUCUUCCUCGAUCCUGCCAGCGUACUUCACCCAUCUUGUCGGGGAUGCUUCCGCUCCACCUACCCUCAAGGCCACGGCCAACUUCCAGGGGUUCGGGCUGAUCGACGGCAACCCGUACUACACCGAGGUUCUCAACUGGAAGGCGGUCAAUGUCUUCUUCCGCCAGGUCCGCAACUUUGUCAUCGACACCACUGCCAUCGCCCCGGGGAGGGCAGCAACAGGCAUGCACUGGCCUACCUCUCAGGCGACCAGUCUGCAGAACAUCGUGUUCAACAUGCCAUCCACGCCCGACGUCGUCCACGUUGGUCUGUUUAUCGAGGAGGGUAGCGGAGGCAUGAUGGCCGAUCUCACUUUCAACGGCGGCGCUACCGGUGCCAGCAUGGGCAACCAGCAAUACACGAUGCGGAACAUGAAAUUCAACAAUUGCAAGACGGCCAUCAUCCAGAUCUGGAACUGGGGCUGGACAUACCAUGGGCUGUCCAUCAACAACUGCGGUGUCGGUCUUGACCUUUCUGCCGGCGGUCCAAGCAACAUCAACGUUGGCUCCGUCACCCUCUUUGACAGCACCUUCAGCAACACCCCGGUCGCCAUCAAGACGGCCUGGACACCCUCCGCCAACCCCCCAACUGGGGGAAGUCUCGUCAUCGAGAACAUCCAACUCAACAACGUCGCCGUCGCAGUCCAAGGCCCAAGCGGGACCAUGCUCGGCGGCACAUCAGGCUCAACUACGAUCCCAGCCUGGGCCCUAGGCCACCUCCUCGACCGCGGCACCAACGCCCCCCGUUUCUCGGGACCGAUCAACCCCAACCCACGCCCUGCCUCCCUCCUGACCUCCGACGGGCGGUACUACGUCCGGUCCAAACCCCAAUACGAAUCCGUCCCCGCCUCGUCGUUCCUCUCGGUCCGCGCCUUUGGCGCCAGAGGCGACGCGGCAGCCGACGACACAUCCGCUCUCCAAAACGCAAUCAACACGGCCGUUGCCCAGAACAAGAUUUUGCUUCUCGACCACGGCCUCUACCGCGUCACUUCCACCAUCGUCAUCCCCCCCUCUGCCAAGAUCGUCGGGGAGGCCUACCCUGUUAUUUUAUCUUCUGGUGGUUACUUUAACGACAUGAGCAACCCCCGGCCUGUUGUUCAGGUGGGGACGACGUCUGGUCAGCAGGGGUAUGUCGAGCUGAGUGAUUUCAUCGUCGCCACGCAGAAUGCGCAGGCUGGGGCGAUUUGCAUAGAGUAUAACCUUGCCACCAAUGGGGGCCAGCCGAGUGGCAUGUGGGAUGUGCACGUGCGGAUUGGGGGGUUUACGGGCACGCAGCAGCAGAUUGGGCAGUGUUUGAAGAAGCCGGGGAAUGGGAGUGUCGAUCGGAACUGUGUUGUGGCGUUCAUGGCGAUGCAUGUCACCAAGGGGGCGAGGGGGUUGUACAUGGAGAAUGUUUGGCUGUGGACGGCGGAUCACGAUAUCGAUGAGCAGUUGAACACUCAGAUUACGAUUUAUACUGGUCGUGGACUGCUAAUCGAAUCCACCACCGGCCCCCUCUGGCUCUGGGGGACAGGCUCAGAACACCACGUCCUCUACCAAUACCAGCUCACCUCCACCUCGGACAUCUUCCUCGGCCAGAUCCAGACCGAGUCGCCUUAUUUCGCUCCCGUUCCCAACUCCCUUGUUCCGUUCCCGCCCGUGGCGAAGUACUCCGACCCCGACUACCGCGCUCAAUGUGUGGGGAUCGCGGGGAACUGCCCGGCGGCGUGGGGAUUGAGGGUGAUGAGCAGCAGGAAUGUGUUGGUUUACGGGGCGGGGUUGUAUUCUUUCUUUGAUAAUUACUCCACGGCUUGCAGCACGUUUGAUGCGGGGCAGACGUGCCAGCAGAGGAUCACGAGCGUGGAGGGGAGGGCGGAGAAUGUGGCGGUUUAUAACCUCAACACGAUCGGGACGAGGGAGAUGGUGACGAGGGAUGGGGGGAUGGUGGGGGGCAGUGGGUGGGCGGAGAACAGGAACACUUUUGCGAGUAAUGUUGGGGUUUAUAGGGCUUAG